AUGGCAAUACGCAACGUCGGUGUGAAGACGAGCCAAAUCAUGAACUAUAUGGUAAAUCAAUCCGGGUCUUAUGAAAAUGUUGGUUUCAUCCGUACGAAUCUGCAUAACCAUAUUCAAGCCGAACGUAGAGCAGAAGUUGAGGAUGGUGAUGCGCAGGGUGCGCUGGUUUACUUAUGUGCAAAACUUGAUGUUGACCCAGAUUCGAAAUUGCGGGCUGACUACGCAAAGUUUGGUGAUGUGUUGAUAUUUGACUCAACUUACAGAACCAAUGCGUACAAGAAACCUUUUGUCAUGUUGGCUGAAAAGGGGAAGUUGAAUGUGAAUGACGUGUUCCUUUUGCCGGAUGGUCAGAAAUGCUACUAUAUUCAUAAGUACAAGGUGAAGGAUAGAUCAUGGAUAGUAACACACAAUCCAGUGGAUGCUGCAAUGAGAUGUUCUUGCAUGAAGUUUGAGUCGUUGGGGCUACCUUGUUGUCACAUGAUAUGUGUUAUGAAAGCCGAAAAUUUAACGCAAAUUCCCCCAACUUGUGUGCUGUAUAGAUGGACAAAGGCUGCAAGUAAGGAUAGCCAGCAAUGGCGUUAA